AUGGCUCAGGCUCAUCGGCAAGGAUUCGUAUCUACCUUUCCAAAUCGGCGAAGGCCAAUCACAGUCUGUUUAGAAUGUUACCGAAGGAAGUUGAAGUGCAAUCGGGUAAAGCCAUGCAAUCAGUGUUGCAAUCGAAAGGCUCCAGAAACAUGUUGCUUCGCCGACGACGUGAGCCCUUCACAGUCCGCUCCAACACCUCAAGCAGGAUUUGACCAUCCGGAAAUACAUUCGAAUGUCGAUGCUAGCAGUCAGAUAUCAAUAGCAGAGGGGUUGGUGGAGCGAGCUGGCUAUUCUGCAACUUCAGCAAGCAGCACCUUUCUUCGGUUGAGUGACGAAAGCGUGCAGGGACAUCACCAGACUCUACUCUCACUCUCUCAGUCGAACUUACAAGGUUUUCACGAUGAGUACCGACAUUUGGUGUCGAAGUUACCCCUCCCUGCCCAAGUCCAUGCUCUUUUCGACUGCUUCUUUCAGGAAAUCUUCUGGACCUCAGUGCCCGUUGACGAACAUCGCCUCAAGGACCUAUACAAUGACUGGCUGAGUGUUCCUGUUGAUGAACAUCUCAACGACGAAUUGAAUCAUUCACGCAGAGACCUUCUCUAUCUCCCCGCAUUACUCUUCCAGGUUCUGGCUAAUAUCGUACUUCAUUUGACACCUCAAUAUGGUCCGGCGAAAGCUUUAGGCCUUGGACAGCACUCCGACUGCGCUCGCUUGUCGCGCACAUUCUUCCUCUUCGGCAAUAGACUGAUGUUCAUCCUCGGAAGGCAACACCCAACCCUAUGCUCAGUUGAGUAUGACCUCGUCGCGUGUUCGUGGCUGAAAGACUCAGGUCAAGGUAAAGAAGCCUGGCACAGUCUCGCGAACGCGGUAAGACAAGCUCAAGAACUGGGACUCCAUCGACUUCCCCAAAAUAUUGCACCCCCAGGGCUCGGGCAAGAACUAUAUCCGAUGAGCUCAUAUGACUUGGAGCAAAGGAAGAAGGCUUUCAGUACGCUCUUUACAUAUGACAGCAUCGGGUCUUUCUCACUAGGCCGCCCAAGAUUGAUGCAUAGAGAAGAUAUUUCAACCCCCGCACCCACGGCAUGGAAGUGCCAUCAAGAUGUGACAGGCUCCGUACAACUCUCAGAUGAAAGUUUCCAUGAUGCCGCGAGUAUGCUCUUCCUGAGUUUGGCGCACCGUAUUCACGAUAUACUAUCACUCUCGGCAAACGGGAUCUUUGUUUCGGAUUACCUCAAAGUACUAGAAGUCCAUGACCAACUCUCGUCACUGCGAGAUUUGAUGUUGCACUUAGUACCAGAAAACAACUGGGGCAAGGCCACUACUCCUGAGAUGUUACGACGCAGUCACCUCCGCCUAACCUUGUUGAGCACAGCCAAUGCUGUCAUGGUUGCACUGCACCGUCCUUUCAUCGGAAGCCACCCGUCUAGCCACUCAGCUGCUGUAUCAGCUGCUCUGGACGGCUUGGACCUGCAACAUUCUAUCUUUGAUCUCAUCCCCCAUUCACACGUAAAGCAGUGGGCAACCACGCUUUCCAUUAUUGAAGCUUCUGUUUUUCUCUGUGGCAUCAUGAUGGAUGGGCCUCCACAAGACGCUGCUGAAGACCGUCGCAUCAGACAAGCUAUUCUGCUGGCGAUCGGAAGGCUCUCUUCCACAAAAGAUCUGAAUCCCUUGGCAGAGGCAGGAGAACAAGUCCUACGACAAUUUUAUCAGAAGAUACAGUCAGCUCGGCAACCGAUGCUCGGCCACGGAGAAUGGCAUCAGCACAGUACUACGCCUCAGACCUGGCUCGAACAAAGUGGUCAACUGCAUGAUAUCUCGAUCCCAUCACCGCAAAAGUCUCCGCAAGAGAUCUAUCAGACACUAUUUGGUGACCAACUGGUUUCCCUAAAUUCCUUAGGCCUCAGUAGCAGUGAGGACUCUCCAUUCGAAUAUGGCGCAUACAGCAUUCCCGAGGAGAUUAUUGAUUCGGAGUAUUUUCAUUGGCCUGAAAAUUGA